CGCCGGGCCAGCGUGUGUCUGCGCGGCUCUACCCCUCUGCCGCGCCCCGAGCCCCGCCCCGGCGGCCAAGCGGCUUCUGUUUACUUUCGAUCGAGUUUUUCCUGCUCGGGGCAGGUGCCCGGGCGGCUCCGGGUGGAGGGUUGCGCCCGUCCCUCCCGCGCCGCCCUUUGCGCGCGCUGCCUGCAGCCGGGAAGGGCGCGUCGGGGCGACCGGUGGCCGCGGCAGCCCCAGGCGUCUGACGGGCGUCCCGUUUGUGCCCAGGUGAUGACGGCGGCGGCAUGGAGUUCCCGGAGCACGGCGGGCGGCUGCUGGGCCGCCUGAGGCAGCAGCGCGAACUGGGCUUCCUGUGCGACUGCACGGUGCUGGUGGGCGACGCGCGCUUCCCUGCGCACCGCGCCGUGCUGGCCGCGUGCAGCGUCUACUUCCAUCUGUUCUACAGGGACCGGCCCGCGGGCAGCCGCGACACGGUGCGUCUCAACGGCGACAUCGUCACGGCGCCCGCCUUCAGCCGCCUGCUGGACUUCAUGUACGAGGGCCGCCUGGACCUGCGCAGCCUGCCUGUCGAAGACGUCCUGGCUGCAGCCAGCUACCUGCACAUGUACGACAUCGUCAAGGUCUGCAAGGGCAGGCUGAGGGAGAAGGACUCGGAUCUGGAGACUAACGCCCUGGGGGCAGAGCCGCCUGGUCAGCCACCACACCCCUUGCCUUCCUGGUCCCCUGACCUCUGCCCAGCUGCACACAAGGCUAAGCCCCCGUCUCUAGGGGUCAAGGCUGCCCUCUCACUGCCAGCAUUUGGGACUCCUCCUUGGCAGGUCCCAGGACAGCUAGAUGGGGCCCUGGACCUGUCACUGAAGCCUGGCCCAAGACCGGAGCAGGUCCACCCACCUUGCAUCCUCCAGAGACCCCUCUGCAGCUGGAUGCAGCAAGGGGCCCAGCCACUGGUGAAGGCUGAACAGGACUCGCUGUCUGAACAGGACAGCAGUAGCCCCGGGAGCCGCAACAGCUCGCCAGCCCGAGCCUGUGUUCCUGCAGCCCAAGGCCUGGCAGUGGGGGUGGAGCCAUUGCCCAUUCGAGGAAGACAGCAACUUGGGCUGGAUGCAGAGCCAGUGGCGCACACCGAGGAGCUGGGUCCCAGCAGGCACCUCUGCAUCUGCCCACUGUGCUGCAAGCUGUUCCCUAGCACCCAUGCACUGCAGCUGCAUCUCAGCGCCCACUUCCGAGAGCGGGACAGCAGCAGGGCCCGGCUUUCCCCUGAGGGGGCUGUGCCCACAUGCCCACUCUGCAGCAAGACGUUCUCCUGUACGUACACACUGAAGAGGCAUGAGCGGACACACUCUGGGGAGAAGCCUUAUACGUGUGUGCAGUGUGGCAAGAGCUUCCAGUAUUCACACAACUUAAGCCGGCACGCUGUGGUCCACACCCGGGAGAAGCCGCACGCCUGCCGAUGGUGCGAGCGCCGAUUCACACAGUCUGGUGACCUGUAUCGCCAUGUCCGCAAGUUCCACUAUGGCCUGGUCAAGUCCUUGCUGGUGUGAUGUAUUUCUCUGUAUCCCCAGGGUAGAGGUAGGGAAGGGGCAGGGCCUCCCAGGUGGGACUCUGGGACAGAGGAAGUAGCCUAGCCAGUGGAAGCCCCACCCCCAACUUAGAAGGCUCCACCUGCCCAGCCCGGUGGAUGCUGCUGCUUCCGACAUAGGUUGCUUUCCCCUGCCUCCCACCCUCCACCUUACUCACGAACCCAAGAGUGCCCUGCCCAGUGUCCCCUCCAGCAAGGUUCUGGGAGUGUCUGACCUACCCAUUCAUUGGCUCCUCAGUGUGAGGUGGCACAGUUGUCCUCUGCCCUGGGACGUCCCUGACCACCCUGCUGGGAUGCUUGAGGGUGUCCUUGUGGACCUCCUGCCAUGAUAGAAUGACUCCCUCCUCAAGAGUCAUUAGUAUGAGUGCCCGACAGCGUGCACCAAGUUAACAGGCCACUUGGUGAGUGGCAGCAGGAGCCCCUGCUGGGAAGGCCUGGGGCACAAGAAAAACCAGCAGGGACCAUGGAGACACUACUGGCCUUGCAGGGGGCACAGCCCCAGAGGGCACCUUGGGGCAGCAUGAGGGGGGUGGCAAAAGCUGGGUGGCCCUAGAGUGACUGUCACUGGGAGGAAAUGUAAAUGUAACUUUGGACAGAGGAAGUGGGAAUUUGGAAAUGGGUUCUCUUUAGAUCAAGAGGGAGCCUCCCAAGGCCACAUCUGUCUGCUGCUGGGCGAGGAUCUUCUGAGCGGUCCCCUGCUGGGGUCACAUGGCUGGGAAUGGCAGCCCCUGCCAUAAGCCAGGCUCUGCACGUUGGAGGCUGCUGCUGUGCUCCUGUGGGUCUGGCCCUGGGGGUCACUCUCCUGCUUGCUAAGGGUCUCCCUGGAGCUGUAGUCAUUCCCAGAUGCCAAGUACAGGGCCAGAGGCUGCCCUGCUUAACCGGAGUAAUGUUUGCAAUGCCAUCUCCUGUGGUGGGUCAUGGGUGGGAGCAGCUGUUGCAGGGGAAAGGGGGAGGCAGGCACCCCCUCCAUCCACAGCCCUGGAAGGCUGGCACCCUGGGAAGGUGAAGGACUACACCCUCUGCCUUUGCAGUUGCUGUGGGUCACCUUGCUUUGCCCACCGGUUCCACAAGCAAGUCUUGCUGCUAGAACUUUAAUGGUUUCAGGAAGAGGGGGGUGGGGUAGGGGUGGCCUUAGCCUGUGUCAGCAGGUAGCAGAGCUACCUGGACACCUGGCUUCUCCCACCACCACCACCACCACCUGGGCUGUCUCUGCUGAUUGCAAGUAGCCCAGAGAACAGAGUUGGACUGAGUCUAAGUUAUUGUCUUCUAACACUUGAUGUCGUAUUUAUUCGUCUGCUUAAUCUGGACUGAAGUGACAGUUGGUCUUCCCAAUGAUGGACAGGUCUGUUAUUCAUCUCCCCAUGAUUUCUGAGCUUUCCUGGUAUGUCCAUGGCUCUCAUGGGUGACUGGUACCUCUCAGUGGUGCUCCAAGACUGGAGGCCCCGGACAGGCUGCAGUCCAGAUAGUGGGGAACAGGGAAAGUGCCUUCUGAUGUCUGGCUCUAGAUCUCCACCUCUGGAAGGGCCAGCAGGACCCUGUGAUGCAUACCAUGUGGUCUGUCACCUGGAGUUCGUUCCUGUGUGCGUGUGCGUGUGUGUGUGUGUGUGCACACGCCUAGAGAGAGAAACUACAGGUAAGCAGGCAUAGCACUGCUGUGUUGGUUUUCCCUGAGUACUUUUCUGGGGGCAGGAAGUCUGCCCUGAGUUGUCAACACUGGACUCACUGUCUUCAGUGUACAGUUACUGUGAAGUUAACAAAGAGAAGUGACCCACUGUAAGUUUAUAACUGGCACGGUUCAGUUGAAAUGUGUGUAUAUGUCUGACACACUACUUGUGUGGCAAGCAUGGACGGGAGAGUGUGUGGAGACAGGUCCAGGUGCAGCUUGCUCUGUGGGGUCCCCAGGGCCACCCCAGCCACUGCCCCACCUCUGGUCUCACUGCUCUCUGCCCCUCGAGUGGCCCCUGGGAAGUGACUCUAGAAGACAGUUCUUCCCACUGAGGUUUGGCUUAGACCUUUGUUUGCACAGCCCUGCUUGCGGUCAGCCUGUGCCACUCCUUGAAAGGGGUGCUGUCUUCCAAUUUCACACGUCCUGGCGUCACGAUGGCAGUGUAAUAAAGCCACCACAGGUG